AUGUCUCGAAGCCCCCAUAUUAAGUGCCUCACAUGUGAUCAUCGUGUUGAUAUUUCAAGGGCAGAGUGCGCUCAAUUCCAUGAGAAAUUUGUUGGCAAUACUAUUGACGAGGUCGUGAAUAUAGUAACAUCAUUCGAUGCUGACAAAGUGUUCUUCUAUCUCUACACUCGCCAAAAUCCUAAGGAUGCUCAGGAUUUGUUUUUAAACAGUAAUGAAUCAAUCGAAAUUUCCAACUUCCGCGUAGAUCAUCCAACAAGAUUCAUCAUUCACGGUUGGAAUAACAACGCAGAUUCGGGAGUGAAUGUGGAAAUCAGGGAUGCUUACUUGUUACAUGGAGAAUUCAAUGUCAUCGUGGUGGAUUGGAGUGCAGGAGCGCUGACCAUUGAUUAUCCUGCUGCCCGCAGUAAUGUUCACAUUGUUGGUCCGCGAGUGGCUGAAAUGAUAGACUUCCUCAACACUCAAGGCAUGCCAUUCGAAAAUGUUACUGUAAUUGGACACAGUCUCGGUGCUCACACUGCAGGCAUUGUCGGAAAGCACGUGACCCGCGGUCGUUUGCCCGCAAUCGUGGCUCUGGAUCCAGCCUUGCCUCACUUCACAAUCAAUCGUCCUGAAGAGCGAAUCGCUCUAACUGAUGCAGACUUCAUAGAAGUCAUACAUACUAAUGCUGGCCUCUUGGGCUUCGAUCUGCCCAUCGGCAUGGUGGAUUUUUAUCCCAACUGGGGCAUUUCUCAGCCCGGAUGCCGCUUGAUUGAUGUCGCUGGGGCUUGUUCUCAUGCCAGAUCUUAUGCGUUAUUUGCAGAGUCCAUCAAUUCUGGACCUGGAUUUGUCAGUCGCCAGUGUCGCAAUUAUGGAGAUAUCCUCAAUCAGGAUUGCGUGUCUUCCGGAUCAAACAGACGCAUGGGUGGUGAGCCUUUGGACACAGAAUCCAGAGGAGUUUUCUGGCUGCCAACGAACGACAACGCUCCUUUCGCCAAAGGCGACAUCGUGUGAAGACAAGGAACGAUAACAGCAAUAUAUUUACUCAACAGUUAAUU